AUGAUUCCGAACGGGAGCAACACGAUCACCCACCACCCUUCAGUCUAUCACCUGCAGCAUCUGUCUUCCAGUCGCAGCAGCUCUAGGUCGCCUGCUGUCCGUCAUGCUUCUAGUACCGCAGUAGAGACUGAGCCGCCGACUGGCGGUGAUGAUGCUGUCGAGCGCCAUCCCUCUCAUGCCACCGAUGUCGAGAGCCAGGUUACUGUUGGCCGAACAUCACGAUUUCCUCGCGUUGCUGCCGAGAGCGAUCCUUUCGGCCUCUCCUCUUCCUACAAGACGGAUUCGGACCUGGAGCAAAUCAAGGCCAACUCAUCACGCAAGAGAGAUGGUGGCAAGCUCAACCCGGCCCCGAAACUCGAUGCUCGCAAAGUCCGCGGUUUCUACCAGAACCAAAAUGCUGCUAUUGAGCGCAUGCUCAAGUCCGUCGAGGAGCAUGUCGCGGAAGCGCGCCAGGAGCAAGGCGACGACCAACUCAAGUUCAGAAUUGCCAUCUGGGGCUCAUUUGCCGCCAACAUCAUACUCGCUAUUCUGCAGCUCUAUGCUGCCAUCUCCUCGGGCUCCCUGUCGCUGAUCACCAGCAUGGCUGAUGCUGUAUUCGACCCCUUGAGCAACCUAACUCUGAUCCUGUCCAAUCGCGCCAUCAAGAGAGUCGACCCCAGGAGGUUCCCUGCCGGCAAGGCUCGGCUCGAAACUGUCGGAAACAUUCUCUUCUGCAUGCUCAUGACUUCCGUUUCGUUCAUUAUCAUUGCCUUCGCUGUCCAGCAGCUGAUCACCAAGGACGAGGAAAAAGAGUUCCACAUCCCUUCUGUCAUCUCCGUCUGCGUUGCCUUUGCUACAAAGUUCUCCCUCUUUCUCUACUGCUGGGGCCUCAAAGACAAGUAUAGUCAGGUCAAUAUUCUCUGGCAAGAUCAUCGCAAUGAUUUGGCUGUCAACGCCGUUGCCAUCCUGACUAGUGUCGGUGGCUCGAAAAUUGUCUGGUGGCUGGAUCCUUUUGGUGCCAUUCUGCUGUCCCUGCUCAUCUCGUUUGUGUGGAUGCGCACUGCCUUUGGCGAAUUUUUGCUCUUGGUUGGCGUGUCAGCUUCAGUUGAGAUUCAGCAGCUCAUCACCUAUGUUUGCUUGACGCACUCGGACGCUAUCGAAGGAAUUGAUACCGUUCGCGUGUACCACUCGGGACCGCGUCUGAUCGCCGAAGUCGAUAUUGUCAUGAAUCCUGAUUGCUCACUGAGAGAGUCACACGAUAUUGCGGAAGAGCUCCAGAUAAAAUUAGAGAGCUUGCCCGACAUUGAGCGGUCGUAUGUCCACAUUGACUAUGAAACUACACACAAGCCUGAGCAUUUUUACAAAAAGGAUCUUUGA